CUCUCCAGUACAGCUUCUAGUUGAGCAGAACCAGGGGCUGGGACCUAGCUGGAUCUGACUCCAGAGCCUUCAGCAGGGAAGAAAAAUGUCAGAUGAAGAUGAUCUGGAAGACUUUGAGCCAGACCUGGAUGGUCUGGAAAGGGAAGACGACGACGAGAAGGAGACAGAGGAGUGGGAGGACUACAGGAAAGAGGGAGAAGACUCUGAGGGAGUGAGAGCUUGGAAACAGGGGGCCGGGAUUAAGGGCUGGGGUUAAAGGGAUGCCUGAGUCCGCUUCCUCCUGCAGUGGAUGUCCACGCCCCUCACAGAAGACAUGAUGAAGGAAGGGCUUUCUGCGCUCUGCAAGACGGGUAAUGGACUGGCCCAUGCUUACGUCAAGCUGGAGGUUAAAGACAGGGAUCUGACAGACAUCUACUUGCUGCGUUCCUACAUCCAUCUGCGCUACGUGGAUGUUUCCGAAAACCACUUGACAGACUUGUCCCCACUCAAUUACCUCACCCACCUGCUCUGGCUCAAGGCUGAUGGCAACCGGCUGCGGAGUGCCCAGUUGAACGAACUGCCCUACCUGCAGAUCGCCAGCUUUGCCUAUAACCAGAUCACCGACACUGAGGGCAUCUCUCAUCCUCGUCUGGCCAGCCUGGAUCUCAAAGGGAACCACAUCCACAUGGUGACAGGUCUGGACCCCCAAAAGCUGAUCAGCCUGCACACACUGGAGCUUCGGGGGAACCAGCUGAACAGCACCCUGGGAAUCAACCUUCCUAAGCUGAAGAACCUCUUCCUGGCCCAGAACCUGUUGAAGAAGGUGGAAGGCUUGGAAAACCUAAGCAAUCUCACUACCUUGCAUCUUCGAGACAACCAGAUUGAAACUCUGAGUGGCUUCUCCAAGGAAAUGAAAUCACUGCAGUACCUCAACCUAAGGGGCAACAUGGUGGCUGACCUGGGGGAGCUCGCCAAGCUGCGGGACCUGCCCAAGCUGCGAGCCUUGGUGCUGCUGGACAACCCGUGUACGGACGAGAACGACUACCGCCAGGAGGCCCUGGUGCAGAUGGCGCAUCUCGAGCGCCUGGACAAGGACCUCUACGAGGAGGAGGAGCGGGCUGAGGCUGGUGCGACCCGGCAGCGGGUGAAGGAGGCGCAGGAGGCUGAGCCCGAGCCCGAACUGGGACCGGACCCGUCAUCCAUCUAGCAGUUCCCCGAGCCUCCAAGGACAGCCUAGGAAUUCAUCACAGCCUGCCUCCCAGCCUCUGUGACGGGCACCUGGGCAGCGGGCACCUGGGCAGCGGUGAUUCGGCGGGAGCAGCCCUCAGGCAGGCCUGGUGGGAACCAGGCCUGGAUGGGCCAGGGGAUGCUUGAAGAAUUGGCUGCGGAGGAGCUGCGGAGGCGGCGGCCUGGAGUGUUAGGAACAGUUCGUUUUUCCAAUAAAGAGACAUUUUGAUACUCUUGUGUCUGACCGGGUUUGU